ACUUGAACAACCCAACUCGUUCAGCUACAACAGCCCCACCAACACUUGACCUUUUCAUACUUCGUGACCGACGCGCAGAUUCAUUCAAGCUAUCCCCAAACAAACACAAACCACCCGAAAUGGCUUCUGAAGUAGUUUCGAAGCUCCAGAACCUCGUCACAGGCGAGUCUAAGAGCGCCCGCAAGAAGAAGGCUAAGCAGGAGAGCUCUGCCACUGCAGUCCCUGCUGCGACUGAGAAGACAGCUUCUGAGGCUGGGGCCGGCGGCUCUGAUCCUCUUGGUAACAUCAAUGGCGACAGCGAGAACGCCUACAUCAAGGAGCUCCAGAAGAAUAUUCGCAACAUCAACAAGAAGCUUAAUGCUACCCAGAAGGUCGACUCCAUCAUCGCAGAGCACCCCGGUGUAUCCCUCGACGAGCUCGCCUCAUCCCGCAAGAUCAACGCCGACCAGAAGGCUCAGGCUCUGAGGAAGCCCAAGCUGCAGGCUGAGCUUGCGCAGCUGGAGGAGCAGGUUACACAGUACAAGAAGUUUGACCAGGAAUACCAAGAGAAGCAUGCUCGCGAGAAGGAGCUGUUGCAGAAGUCGCAUUCCGGCGAGCUUGAGGCGCUAAGGGAGACAAUCAAGGCCGAGACGGCAAUUGAGCAAAAGAAGCUCUUCCGCGAGAAGAUCCUGACACUGUCCCGCUUCCUGAGGGCGGCUGCUGCUCGUCGCCAAUUGGAGGACGAUGACUCUGAGCUCACCAAGGCGUUUGAAGGUGCUCUGCUGCAGGUCUACGGAGGCGACGCUGUUGCCGUUUCUGCGGCUGAGAAGCUCAUCGAAGGUGCUGAGGAUGGCGUGCCUUCGACUGAGGGAGUGCUGCUGAGCACAACCUACUCACAAGUCAAGCAGGCUGCGCUCGAGGAGGCUCCUUUCGCUGCCGAGGAGGCCUGGGUGGACGAUGUGGCGCAGGCCCAACCCACAGCUCCCGAGGGAGAGGCGACAGAGGCAGUCUCUGACCCAACUCUUACGCACGCAGGUCUGACUGAACUUGAUGCUGGAGCGGCUACCGUUGGUGGAGCGGAGGCUGAGCAGAGCGCCGCACCAGCGGCAGCAAGCAUUGAGCCUGAGGCUGCGAAUGCCGCUGCGACAGCACAGUGGGACAAGCAGACCGCUGGUCAGGACGAGCCUCUUAGCGAACCCUUCGAGAUCAUUCCUCGCGAUCCUGCGGAGACUGAGACCCCACACCAGACUGCUCCAGUCACUAGCACCCAGAGCUGGGCCGACGACACACCCGAGCCUAUUGCAGCCCAACCUCCUGCCAACGAUGGCUUUUCUGAGGUUCAGCACAACCGCGGAGGGCGCGGACGUGGAGGACAACACCAGGGUGAAGGUCGAGGAGGAUACCGCGGCCGUGGCCGUGGCGGUCCCCGCGGCGGAGGCGAGUACCGUGGUCGGGGACGUGGACGUGGUGGUGACUUCAGGGGCGGUCGAGGUGGCUUCCGUGGCGCUCCCCGCGGUGAGUCGACCGCGUAAAUCGACUUUCAACUCUUCUCUCCCCUGUCACUUUGGGUUUAAUGAGCCGUGGAAAGCUUUGAUCUUUUGAUUUGGCCUUCCUGCCUCCACCCAUCUGAGCAUUUGAGCGGAACGAUAAAAAAAGAACAGCUUCACGGCAUUUGUACAACCAAAUUUGUUUACUGCAUAGCAUCGGAGCGCCGGCCUUUAACAUAACGGCCAUUGUACUCUAACGACUGGGCGGCAAUGAACAUGGAUU